CAUUUGCCAUAAUGACAACAAAGCACAUUUACUCCACGACCAAUUUAUCGGAUUUGCAGUUAAAGGAGCAAGGAAACUGCCUGUUCGCAGCUCGCAAAUAUGACGACGCAAUUAAUUGCUACUCAAAGGCCAUCAUAAAAAAUCCAACAAAUGCCACAUACUUCACGAAUCGAGCUCUCUGCAAUUUGAAACUGAAACGUUGGGAGCUUUGUUGCCAGGACUGUCGGCGAGCUCUGGACAUUGACGCGAACCUGCUUAAAGGUCACUUUUUCUUGGGCCAGGGACUAAUGGAAAUUGAUAGUUUUGACGAGGCCAUCAAGCAUCUGCAACGCGCCUAUGACCUCUCCAAGGAGCAGAAGCAAAACUUUGGCGAUGACAUUACACUGCAACUGCGACUAGCUCGUAAAAAGCGCUGGAACGUCCUUGAAGAGAAGCGAAUACAUCAAGAGAUCGAAUUGCAAAGUUAUCUAAAUCGAUUAAUAAAGGGCGACAUGGAAAAUCGUUUGGCUCAAUUAAAACUGAAUGAUAAUCUACACGAAGAUCAGCUUAAAGAUAAGCAGCAAGAAAUUGAACAGGAGUGUGAUGACCACGUCAAAGAACUAAACAAUAUAUUUUCAAAAGUAGAUGAACGCCGAAGGAAACGUGACGUUCCAGACUUUCUUUGUGGCAAAAUAAGUUUCGAGAUAUUAACCGAUCCUGUGAUAACUCCUUCUGGCAUUACCUAUGAGCGUAAAGAUAUAGAAGAGCACUUGCAGCGAGUUGGUCACUUUGAUCCCGUCACACGGGUAAAGCUUACUCAGGAUCAAUUAAUACCAAAUUUUUCAAUGAAGGAAGUGGUUGACUGCUUUAUUGCUGAGAAUGAAUGGUCUUUAGAUUACUAAGUAAUGAUUGACAAACCUAAACAUGUAAUUGAUUAGCUGUUAGAACCCAGUUCCCAUUGUCUAAAAAAAAAACAGAAUAGUGAUAAUAAAAUUGAAUCUGCAA